GCCGAAUUUGGGAGAUUGAGUCCUGUCAUUUCCGAACGAUUCAUUGACAUCGUCAACAUAGACCUUUCCCCGUCGCUUCACAUUAGCUGCCUGUUUUGUUUGAAAUAUUCAAGAUACGCUCCCACAACCCUUUUCUGAGGCUUCGUCCGCCCCAUCUACGAACAGGUUGCCCCUACAGACUUUAUUAUUAUUUACCUGAAGAAUCUUUCUUUUCUUUAUCUUUUUAUACCUGCUCCUCAUUUUUGAAGAAACAUUCGCACGCUCUUUUUGAUGUUGGUGGUCUGGUCAUCAACACGACGUCCUCGAGCUUAGUACACAGAGUCUGGGUAGACGCAGAGCUUUUGAACAUCCAACUACUAGAGUCAACGGCCAACGCAAUCAUGAAGGAACAGCCAAACGUCGAAGAAGCUGGAGUCAAAACGGCGUCCUUUGAAGGGCGUCUGCAGCUCCAGGAUUUCAUGCACUGUCCGGCUGUGGCCUCGCCCUCACCUUCACCCGGCCCGUCAACCUCACUGUCGCCCAUCCACCGAAGUCCCCGUCUGAUUCGUGCAUCAUCCUCACAAGCCUACCAGUCCUACCCCAUCCCAUCCUCAUCCUCGGGACCAAGCCCUCUCCAGCGCAAACCAUCCUCAUCAUCAACGUCCACCCCACUCGCCGCAUCCGCAUCCCCCUCAACCUCCUCAAAGAAACGCAAGCGCAACACCUCAGGCUACGCCCCGCCCUCAACCUACGCCCACCUCCCAGGCCUCACCGACUCCCUAGGCCCCAACCUCCUCAUCCUCUUCGUCGGCCUGAACCCGGGCAUCCGCACCGCCCAAACAGGCCACGCCUACGCCCAUCCCUCCAACCUCUUCUGGAAACUCCUCCACUCCUCCCGCAUCACCGACCGCCUCGUCCCCGCCUCCCUCGACAGCACCCUCCCGGUCCGCUACAGCCUGGGGCUCACCAACAUCGUGGCCCGCCCGACCCGCAACGGCGGCGAGCUGCGCCCCGCCGAGCUGGACGCCGGCUUCGCCGCCCUGGAGGACAAGGUGCGCCGCUGCAGGCCCGAGGUCGUCUGCCUCGUCGGCAAGUCCAUCUGGGAGAGCGUCGUGCGCGUGCGCCGCGGGCGGGCGCUCGGGAAGGGGGCGUUUUCGUACGGGUGGCAGGACGAGGCGGAGAAUAUUGGCGCCCCCAUUCCAGACGAGGGGGCGGGGGGGGAUGGCGGUGGUGGUUGGAGCGGUGCGAGGGUUUUUGUGUCGAGUAGCACGAGCGGAUUGGCUGCUACUCUGUCCCCGGCGGAGAAGGAGAAGAUAUGGAGGGAGCUGGGGGAUUGGUGUGUUAAGCGGAGGGCUGAGAGGGCCGAGAGGGCCGCAGAGGCAGGGCCAGAAUCGUCUCUAGGCAUUGAGAGGGUCGAGCCGGAGUGAUUUGUACUUGGUUGGACACACACAUGAUAAAUAGAUGAAAAUUACGACGCAGCC